GAAGCAAAGAAAGCUGCGAGAAUUAUUGGCGCGUAGGAGAGAAAAGAUUCCAUGGUUGGAGAGGAGAGCAAUUCGCCCAUAUCCGAAAGGCAUCAUCUCUUCCUCCACCAUCAUCCAUCCAUCCAUCCAUCCAUGAUGAUGAUGAUGAUGAUUCAUCCGUCCAUCCACCGUCGUCGUCGCCGCCGCCCGGCGCGAGCGAUUGAUUUCUUUGCAGAUUCCGAGAAUUUAUCCCAAACGAAUCUGGCCAUCAUCCUCCCGCCCUUAAAUCCACCUCCCCCCUCUUCGUCUCCUGCCACCGUGGAGCAGAAGCAGCAGCAGCAGCAGCAGCUUGCAGCAACUCGAUCUCCAGCUCUCGAAUUCUCCUCUUGCUCUUCCCUGCAUAUUCUUCUCGAUCUUACGCUUGGCUUUUGGGUCAGGCGCUUGCCGCUUCCAGGGGUUCUUGCCUUGGCAUAUGCAGGACCAGCUGAUCUGCAGCGGCUGCAGGCGUGUCGUCCAGUACCGGAGGGGGGUCGCCGGCGUCUGCUGCCCGGGUUGCAACACGCUCACCGCCGUCAACCCGUCAGCGGCGGCCAACAUGUCGGAGCUCAUCUGCAGCGGCUGCCCGACGCUGCUCUUCUACAACCGAGGCGCCUCCAACAUCCGCUGCCCCAGCUGCAACAGGCUCAACUCCACAAGAUCAGCCAACCAGAUUGCCCAUCUGACAUGCGGCCAGUGCCGGACGACGCUCAUGCACUCACCGGGAGCCUCCACUGUGCAGUGUGCAACCUGCAGAUAUGUUAAUCAUGUCAGGGAUGCUCGGCCUCAAACAGUCCUUGUAGAGAAUCCUAAGACACUGGAUGAUAAGGGCAAGCUGGUGAGCAAUGUGGUUGUUGGUGUCACCUCAUGGAAAAGAUAAUGACCAAGAACUCAUCUAGGGUUUUAAUCCCAAGGGUCUAUGGAUGAUACCCUUGGUGGAUUUGUAUCAUUACCAAAGCUAUUGUUAAAUCAAGUGUGUUUUGAAGCUUGAUAGAAACAAGAGAAAAACAGUAGGACAAAAACUGAAAAAAAAAAAACAAAUAUCCGAAAUGCGCCAUGCUUGACUGCUUGUGCUUCCUUGUGAAAAUGUAAAUAUGCUGGCUAUGUGCUAGCCUAUGUGCUUUUAGCAAAAAGGAAUGGAAAUGAGAUGAGCAGCAUUGUGUCCUGGAA